AUGGACGUGCAGGAGGGGACAGGGCAGGGUCCUGUCCCCGUGCGGCGACCUGCGUCCAGGGUCGGAGCCCCUCUGUCCCUCCGCACCGCGCGGUGCCGGCGGAGGUGGCGGGAGGUUCCCGAGUGGCCGCGGGGUCCGUGCGGGAGGAGUGGGGUCCUUGGGGUCCCCUGUCCCCCAUCUCACGCAGACCCUGAGCGCCUCGAGUUUCCUGAUGGUGGAAGCGGCGUCUCCACUCCUGGUGCUGGGAUCGAACCCGGGACCUCGCACGUGUUAGGCCAGCUCUCACUACUGACCCACAUGCUCAGCCUUCUCAUCAUCUCCGUACUGGAGUCAGUGACCUUUGAGGAUGUAGCUGUGAAAUUCACCCUGGAGGAGUGGGCUCUGCUGGAUGCUUCCCAAAAGAAGCUCUACAAAGAUGUGAUGCAGGAAACCUUCAGGAACCUGGCUGCUGAACAAAACCAGAACCCUAACAUUCAAGGGGACUACAAAAGCUUCAGGAGAAUCCUAAGAGGUGAAGUCAUUGAAAGACUCUGUGAAGAAGAAUUUAGUCAAUGGGGAGAAAUCAAGUGGAUCCCAGAUGCUAUUGUAAACAAAAAAACUUCUUCUGAAGUAAAACCGAGUAACAUUCGUGUGUGUGAAGUCCUCCUGGAUCAUGCGUCUAUCCAUAAACCCAUUGGUGUUCAAAAUGGGCACAAACCUUACGAAUAUCUGGACUCUGGAAAAAAGCUGUAUAAAUGUAGGUCAUAUGGAAAAGCCUUCAGUAAUCAAAAAUGCUUUGUGAAACAUGAACAAGUUCACAUUCAAGAGAAGCCCAGUGUGUGUAAGCAGGGCGGUAAAUCUCACAAUUUCCCUAGUGUGCUUUUCAUCCAUGAAAGGGCUCACUCUGUUGAAGAUGCCUAUUUAGGUGAGACACAUGGAGAAGCCUUUUCCUCGAGUAAGAUUCAAAUACAAGAACAAACGCACACUGGAGAGAAACCCUAUGCUGAUCAGCGAUGUGGGAAAACUGUCAUUCAAUCUAGUAAACUUCAUGAACAUGAAAGGAUUAAUACUGUAACAAAACCCUAUGUGUGUAAGCACUGUGGGAAAGCCUUGUCCUCUAGUACUUCCCUUAGAGAUCAUGAAAAGACUCACAGAGGAGAGAAACCCUGUGUGUGCAAGUACUGUGGGAAAUCCUGCAUUAGAUACAGUCAUCUUCACCCACACGAAAGAACUCAUACCGGGGAGAAACCCUAUAUUUGUACUACAUGUGGGAAAGCCUUCUGUGCUCUCUCUUCCUUUCGAUACCAUGUUCACCAACAUGAAAUAAUACACACUGGAGAGAAACCCUGUUCAUGUGAGCAGUGUGGGAAAGCCUUCACUCAAUUCAGUGGGCUUUACCAACAUGGGCGAGUUUACACUGCAGAGAAACCAAUAUAUGUAAGAAAUGUGGAAAAGCCUUCUCCUUUCUUCCUUCCCUUCGAAAUCAUGAAAGAAUCCAGUUGA